UGCCGUUGUACUCAGACCAGGCGAGCGAGGGUGAUAAAUGACGCUGUGCUUGGCCUGAAAGCCACAAAGCUUGAAAUUUUUAUAUUUCCUAUCCUAUUUUACGGUAUGCCUGAGUAUUAUCGAGUAGAGUAGCUCUAUGAGAACCUAUUUGCAGCCUAAUACAAGGUAUCAGAGAUCACCAAACUGAACAAUCCGGACCAGCGUACCCACCAGCCACACCAAGUUUCAGCCACACCCAUCAGAUCCACUAGCCACACGCUAACAACCAGCUCCAGCCACAUCAACCUCACGACCUCAAAUUCCCAAUCCGCGCAUCCCCAUCCACGCAUCACACACCUCUUCAUACCACUCACCACACCCACGCACCACCAGCGAAAAUGCACCUCCCACUACCACACCUCCUCCUCCCCCUUCUCCCCCUAACCCUCGCCCUCCACCUCCGCGUCCUCCUCCCCCCCACCGCCUCGCUCCUCACCCCCUCCCUCCUCCCCCCCUCCACCACCGCCUCUCUCACGACACAAGGGCACGUCUACACCGCCCCGCUCGGCGCAUCCAGUACGUUCGAUUUCCGGAAUGUGAGCGCGGGCAGCUAUUUGUUGGAUGUGGUGGGGUCGACGCAUGUUUUUGCGCCGCUGAGGGUGGAUAUCUCGGAAGGGAACGAGGGGGGAGCGGAGGUGGUGAAGGCGUGGGGGACGUGGAGGGGGAAUGAGUGGGAGAAUAAGGGGGAGGUUGUUGAGGUUGGGGUUUGGGGGAGGGAAGGGAGGGUUGUGGAGGUUAAGGCGGUGGGGGCGAAGGAGUAUUUGAUUGAGAGGACUGGAUUUUCCCCAUUAUCGAUCCUCAAGAACCCGAUGAUACUCAUGGCCGGCGUGGCGAUGUUGAUGAUGUUUGGAAUGCCUAAACUUAUGGAGAACAUGGACCCAGAAACCCGCGCCGAAUUCGAGGAACGCCAGAAGAGCAGCCCCAUGAACGGACUCCUGAACGGACAAGCGGCGCAGGGCGGUGCGGCUAGUUUUGAUGCUGCGGCUUGGUUGGCGGGUGCGCCGGCGAAGAAACAGGCGGCGGUGGAGAAGGGUGUUACGAGGUGAUAAUGCGGUGAUGUGGAGAGUGGGGAGGAGGUGGGGAUCAUAGACUGGGGAGUGAAUUGUAAUACAAGUGAAAUAUUGAGCGUGGCGCUGUUUAUGUUCUCUGGAUAUGAUUUACUGCGGGUGAGAUGACAUCGGGAACUGGGAAGAAACAUGGCUCAGCGUCAAAAUAUACUGAACUCCAAUCUCCCCAGUUGGAUUUCUAUAAAAAGCUCCCCCGGCGAUCUCAGUAUCCGAUAGUGAGGCUAUCAUACCCCGAUUCCUGGAGAAGAGAAGAAAUGACUCUUGGGGGGUUUCUGCCCUUGUUUGGUGGUUUUGGCCAUGGGGGAAGAUGGUGGGAUGGGGAGCAAAGGUGGUGUUAUGAUAGCUAUCUGACAAGACGAAGUAAAUAGUGAGGGAAGAGGAAGGAGUCACCACAAUUCUGCCUCUAAAGGAAUGAAAUAUUCACAGCAUAACACGCACAGCAUAUAGGGGCUGUGAGACCACUGGCAAAAGGAAAGUCUCCAGAUAGUUAAGCAUAGGCGCACAUGUAGCUGGACAGAGGUGGAGAGCUGGUGAACGGCUAGUGCUUGAAAGUGUGGAGUUCGGUAUUGGAUAUCUGGUGUCCGACAAAAAGGGAGUUUCUUCCUGUCAUCACUGAUCAUUCUCACUGCAAUCUUUUCCCACCACCGUCACUUCUCACUGCCUUGCUGUAGCACUGUCUCUCAGCGUUGUCACCGCCAGGCCCCAACUUCGCCCGUCUGAACACAUGAAGCACCAACUAAUAUCCCUAGUAAGAUCCGCAAUCAUUGGAAUCAAUGGCGCGAGGAUAUUUUCUAUGACCCAAUUGUGUAUCGU